AUGGAGGACAAAAGUCACACAGUGGGGACCUUCCAGGUUGGGGACUAUGUGGUGUUCGCCUUCCUGUUCGUGGUCUCCUCUGGUAUCGGGGUUUUCUUCGCCAUCAAAGAGAGAAAGAAAGCCUCAUCUAAAGAGUUUCUGGUUGGGGGCCGUCAGAUGUCCUGCGGGCCGGUGGCCCUUUCUCUCACCGCCAGCUUCAUGUCUGCGGUCACAGUGAUCGGGGCCCCGUCAGAUGUGUACAGAUACGGGGCCUCGUAUGUCAUCUUUGGGGUCGCCUACACGUUCGUGGUGUUUUUUACCGCUGAGCUCUUCCUGCCUGUCUCCUACAGAUCAGGCAUCACCAGUACAUACGAGUAUUUGGAGUUGCGUUUUUGUAAGCUUGUUCGAUUUGCAGCCACUUUCAUUUAUAUCAUUCAGACGAUUCUGUACACCGGUGUGGUAGUUUAUGCGCCAGCUUUAGCUCUCAAUCAAGUGACAGGAUUCGAUCUUUGGGGAUCCAUAUUUGCCACUGGCAUUGUCUGCACUUUUUACUGUACAUUGGGUGGGCUGAAGGCUGUGGUCUGGACAGAUGCCUUCCAGAUGGUGGUGAUGGUGGUGGGGUUUCUCACGGUGCUGAUCCAGGGUGCGAGUCGAGCGGGAGGGAUUGAGUCUGUCUGGAGCACAGCUCACACUGGAGGCAGAAUGGACGUCUUUGACUUUGACAUUAAUCCACUGAGGCGACACACGUUCUGGACACUCACUGUGGGCGGCACCUUCACCUGGUUGGGCAUCUACGGAGUAAACCAGUCAACCAUCCAGAGAUGCAUCUCUUGCAAAACAGAAGGUCAUGCACGCUGGGCUCUGUAUCUGAAUCUGCUGGGUCUGUGGAUCAUUCUGUUCUGUGCUGUGGUAUCUGGUCUGAUCAUGUACACUUUCUACUCGCGCUGUGACCCCUGGUCGGCUGGAUCGGUCUCUGCUCCUGACCAGCUCAUGCCAUAUUUUGUGAUGGAAAUUCUCGGUGCGUUUCCAGGACUGCCAGGCUUAUUUGUCGCAUGCGCGUUCAGUGGAACGCUGAGCACGGUAGCUGCCAGUAUCAAUGCUUUGGCCACGGUGACGUAUGAGGACUUUGUGAGCCAGUGUUUUAGAGAUCUGUCCAACCGAGCGGCCAACUGGAUCAGCAAAGCUCUGUGUGUGGUGUUCGGUGUGGCCUGCACUACUAUGGCUGUGGCUGCAUCAUAUAUGGGAGGAAUUGUGCAGGCGGCCCUUAGUAUCCACGGCAUGUGCGGAGGCCCAAUGCUGGGCCUGUUUUCUCUGGGAAUCCUGUUUCCUGUCACUAACAUAAAGGUUGAUUUAAACUUUCAUACCAGAGUCGUCAUGAAUAACGAAUUGUAUUGGCUGGCUGAUUCAUGGUACUCCAUGUCCUAUCUGUACUAUAGUGCAGUGGGCUUUAUUGGCACUGUAGCAGCAGGUCUACUCAUCACACUGCUGACGGGACCAAUGGAUCCCAAAAAGGUAAAGCCAGGACUGACUCGAUCAGUGAAGGACGUCAUCUGCUUCUGCUCUGAGAAAUUCAUACACGCAGACUUUAGUGAAGACAAAGAGGAUUUGGGAGACUUUGGCAUGGCAUGGGAGAAACAUACAGACACGGAAGGUGUUAUAAAAAUGGAGGAGAAGGUCAAGAGUGAUAAUGAUAACCUGCAUGAAAACAGUUACACUAAUGCCGCUUUUGACCAUAAUGAAACUAGUCAAGUUCAAGCAAAGCUUUAA